UUUGUUCUUCUUCAAUCCAGAGUUCCACAGAAUAGCUCUUCCAUCAGAAAGUAAAAAAAUUAAAGAAAAAAUGUCGACGAUCCAUCCAGAUACUGAUCCCAACUAAACUAACAACGGCUAAAAAUUUAAAACCACCUUUCAAAUUUCCCACCCCAUCCUUUGCAUUUGAAAACCCUAAUUCUUCUCCCCCCCCCCCACCAGCCCUCGCAAUUCGACGAUUUAUUAGUAUUUCUGCAACAAUUGAUCUGAAUAUUUCAAACACGCACUCGAAGGAUACUAAAUCGAUAAUUGUAAAUUUUUACAAAAAUUUAGUGUAGGAUUUUGAUAUUUGAAGAUGUCGAUAGAUUUGAUACUGAAGCCGUCGUGCAGCGGCUGCGGGUCCACGGCGGAGCUGUACGGCAGCACGUGCAAGCACUUGACCUUGUGCGUUACCUGUGGGAAGACCAUGGCUGAGAAUCGCGCUAAGUGCUACGAGUGCGGAACCCCCAUCACUCGCUUGAUCCGCGAAUAUAACGUACGAGCUUGUUCUAGUAAUGACAAAAACUACUUCAUCGGCAGAUUCAUUACUGGUUUACCAAACUUUUCCAAGAAGAAAAGUGAGAAUAAGUGGUCUUUGCAGAAAGAAGGCUUGAUGGGGCGCCAAGUUACUGAUACCUUGCGGGAGAAGUACAAGAAUAAGCCUUGGCUGCUGGAAGAUGAAACGGGGACUCAGUACCACGGUCAACUUGAGGGUGCACAAUCAGCCACCUAUUAUCUCCUGAUGCUUCAAGGAAGAGAAUUUGUUGCCAUUCCUGCAGGUUCAUGGUACAAUUUCAACAAAGUUGCACAAUAUAAACAACUUACUCUUGAAGAAGCAGAAGAGAAGAUGAAAAAUAGAAGGAAAACUGCAGAUGGGUACCAGCGGUGGAUGAUGAAAGCAGCAAAUAAUGGACCAGCUGCAUUUGGUGAAGUUGAAAAAAUUGAUGACAAGGAAGCUGGAGCUGGCGGUGGAAGGGGACGCAAGAAAGCGGGGGGUGAUGAUGAAGAGGCUAAUGCAUCAGAUAGGGGUGAGGAAGAUGAAGAGGAAGAGGCUGCAAGAAAAAAUAGGCUGGGUCUCAAUCAAAAAGGUGGUGAUGAUGAUGAAGAAGGUCCAAGAGGAGGUGAUCUUGAUCUUGACGAUGAUGAUAUUGAAAAAGGUGAUGAUUGGGAGCAUGAAGAAAUCUUUACCGAUGAUGAUGAAACUUGUUAUACAGAGGAACGUGAAGAAUUGGCCCCUGAAAUUCCUGCUCCUCCUGAAAUUAAGCAGGAUGAUGAGGAUGAGGAAGAAGGUGAUGAAGAGGAGGGGGGAGGGUUAAGCAAAUCUGGAAAGGAGUUGAAGAAAUUGCUUGGCCGAGCUAAUGGGCUGAAUGACUCGGAUGCAGAAGACGAAGAUGAUGAUGACGACGAUAUGGAAGAUGAUAUUUCUCCUGUGUUAGCACCAAAACAAAAGGAAACUCUUAAAGAAGAACCAACUGAGAACAUCAGUCCACUAAAAUCAGCUGCUCCUGGACCUUCUCGGGGAACUCCUCCUACUUCAAAGUCGGCAAAGGGGAAAAGAAAAAGUAAUGGUGAAGAAGUGAAAGCGGCAAAUGGGACACCUCUUAAAAAAGUCAAAUCUGAAAAUGAAGUAAAGCCUGUUAAAAGUGAAAAUACUUCUGGCUCGAAGAAUACUGUGACUCCAAAAGCUGUAUUGCAACAGCCAUCUUCAAAGGCAGGGUCAACUCCUUCUGGUCCAGUCACUGAAGAUGAGAUUAGGGCUGUUUUAUUGCAGAAGGGGCCAGUGACUACUCAGGAUCUCGUUGCCAAAUUUAAAUCUAGACUCAAAACGAAAGAGGACAAGGAUGCCUUCGCAGCUAUAUUAAGGAGGAUUUCCAAGAUACAGAAGACAAGCGGGUCAAACUAUGUAGUGCUGAGGGAUAGGUGAUUUCUUGAAAAUUUACCCUUUUUCCUCGUGUACAAUAACAACCCGACAAUUGAGUCUGAAAACAAGCAAGUGACAAAUGUAGAGAUUGAGUGGACUUCAAGCUUUGUUAAUCUGGGUAUCUAUCUUAGCUUCUGUUUCCCGUGUUCCUAAUUUUGGCAGAGAUUUUUCGUUUGCUGGUUACAAGUUAUUGCUUGAAUGUUGUGAUAUGUGAAUUUUUUUGUUUAUUGAUGGUUCUCAA